GGGCAGCGUGACGUAAUGCAACCUCAGCAUGUCGGCGGCGAUAAAAAGAAGGACUAGGCGGCGCGCCUCCCAGACGCAGAGUAGGUUGUGAUUGGCUCGGGCUACGGAACCUCGGAAACCCGAAUGUGAGGACCUUACAGAUCCACAGCUGGCGACCCCCGCAGAAAUCCGAAGCGCGGUCACAAUCCAACGGCGGCGGUGGAGGAGCAGUGGCAGCAGGUAAAGAGAACGCUUUUCCAAAGAAAAUAACAGUUCAGAAGGAAAAAUAACAAAAACAAAUUGCUGCAGAUUUUAUUUUACAAUAUGUAAGAAAAUCUACAAUUUCUUCAAGACAGUCAUAUUAAGGAAGCAGUCAUGUUUCCAUGAGUCCUCAAAACUAUGUGACAAGAGAAUGUAGUAGAGUGAGGCCAGAAGUCCUUACUGGCUCAAAGAACUCCAGGGAAACUGGGAUAGAACAUUUUACAUUAUAAGUAGAACCCCAGGAGCCAGAGGUGGAACACAAGUUUAUCUGCAGAGCUCCGCUGCAGGGCUGAUCUGGGUCUGGAAGAAAUGGAUGAGAGCCACUGGAUGAAAUUCACUAAUACUAGACACCUGAGUCCUCUAGUAAUAGACUUGUGAAUGAACUUUGCUAAGUAUGGAUUCAGGUGGUGGAAGUCUUGGAUUGCACACAUCAGACUGUAGAAUGGCCCAUACCAUGAUUAUGCAGGAUUUUGUGGCUGGAAUGGCUGGUACUGCGCAUAUCGAUGGAGACCAUAUUGUUGUUUCGGUUCCUGAGGCUGUAUUAGUUUCUGAUGUUGUCACAGAUGAUGGGAUAACUCUUGAUCAUGGCCUUGCAGCUGAAGUUGUCCAUGGGCCUGAUAUCAUCACUGAGACUGAUGUAGUAACAGAAGGGGUAAUUGUUCCUGAAGCUGUACUUGAAGCUGAUGUUGCUAUUGAAGAAGAUUUAGAGGAAGAUGAUAGUGAUCAUAUCUUGACUUCUGAGCUAAUUACAGAAACCGUUAGAGUACCUGAGCAGGUUUUUGUGACUGACCUUGUUACUGGUCCUGAUGGACACUUAGAACAUGUGGUCCAAGAUUGUGUUUCAGGAGUUGACUCUCCCACAAUGGUAUCAGAGGAGGUUCUUGUAACUAAUUCAGAUACAGAAACUGUGAUUCAAGCAGCUGGUGGUGUUCCUGGUUCUUCAGUUACUAUUAAAACCGAAGAUGAUGAUGAUGAUGAUGAUGAUGUCAAGAGCACUUCUGAAGACUACUUAAUGAUAUCUUUGGAUGAUGUUGGGGAAAAAUUAGAGCAUAUGGGGAACACACCAUUAAAAAUUGGCAGUGAUGGUUCACAGGAAGAUGUUAAAGAAGAUGGAUUUGGUUCAGAAGUAAUAAAAGUGUAUAUAUUUAAAGCUGAGGCUGAAGAUGAUGUUGAAAUAGGUGGAACAGAAAUUGUCACAGAGAGUGAGUACACCAGUGGACAUUCUGUAGCUGGAGUGCUUGACCAGAGUCGAAUGCAGCGGGAGAAGAUGGUUUACAUGGCAGUUAAAGAUUCUUCUCAAGAAGAAGAUGAUAUUAGUUGCGCUGAAAUAGCAGAUGAAGUUUACAUGGAAGUCAUUGUAGGGGAAGAGGAAGGAACUUCUCUCCCUGAGACUCAGCUUGAGGACUCUGAUGUUAAUAAAACAAUUGUCCCUGUUGUCUGGGCUGCGGCAUAUGUGCAUGAAAUUAUAUCUAAUCUAUGGGAGUGGAAGAACUCAACAACAAAAAAGUUUAAUCCAAGGAACAAUGGUCAAAGAGAUGAAAGAAGAGUUUCCCGGAGGUAUGAAGAUUGUCAAGCAUCAGGAAAUACUUUGGACUCAACAUUAGAAAGCAGAAGUAGUACAGCAACACAGUACCUUCAAAUUUGUGAUAGCAUUAAUACAAAUAAAGUACUUAAACAAAAAGCCAAGAAGAGGAGAAGGGGAGAAACCAGGCAGUGGCAAACAGCUGUUAUAAUAGGCCCUGAUGGACAGCCCCUGACAGUAUACCCUUGCCAUAUUUGCACAAAAAAGUUUAAAUCCAGGGGAUUCUUGAAAAGACACAUGAAGAAUCAUCCUGAUCAUUUGAUGAGAAAAAAAUACCAGUGUACAGAUUGUGACUUCACAACUAACAAGAAAGUGAGUUUCCAUAACCACCUGGAAAGCCAUAAGCUUAUAAACAAAGUUGACAAAACCCAUGAAUUUACAGAAUACACACGAAGAUACAGAGAGGCUAGUCCACUGAGUUCAAAUAAACUUAUAUUAAGAGACAAGGAGCCGAAGAUGCACAAGUGCAAAUACUGUGACUAUGAAACUGCAGAACAAGGACUGUUAAACAGACAUUUACUGGCUGUUCAUAGCAAAAAUUUUCCUCAUGUUUGUGUUGAGUGUGGUAAGGGCUUUCGACAUCCUUCUGAACUCAAGAAACACAUGAGAACCCAUACUGGUGAGAAGCCAUAUCAGUGUCAGUAUUGUGUCUUCAGGUGUGCAGAUCAGUCAAAUCUGAAAACUCACAUUAAAUCUAAACAUGGUAACAAUUUGCCAUAUAAAUGUGAGCAUUGUCCUCAAGCAUUUGGUGAUGAGAGGGAGCUUCAACGCCAUCUGGAUUUGUUUCAAGGACAUAAGACACACCAGUGUCCUCAUUGUGACCAUAAGAGCACCAACUCAAGUGACCUUAAGCGGCACAUCAUAUCUGUCCAUACUAAGGAUUUUCCUCACAAAUGUGAGGUCUGUGAAAAAGGUUUCCAUCGUCCUUCUGAGCUCAAAAAGCAUAGUGAUAUCCAUAAGGGUAGGAAGAUUCAUCAGUGUAGGCACUGUGACUUUAAAACAUCAGAUCCAUUUAUUCUUAGUGGUCAUAUCCUUUCAGUUCAUACUAAGGAUCAGUCAUUGAAGUGUAAAAGGUGCAAGAGAGGGUUCAGGCAACAAAAUGAACUCAAAAAACAUAUGAAGACCCACACUGGAAGGAAGAUUUACCAAUGUGAGUAUUGCGAAUACAGCACUACAGAUGCAUCGGGCUUUAAACGACAUGUGAUAUCAAUACAUACAAAAGACUAUCCACACAGGUGUGAAUUCUGCAAGAAGGGAUUCCGAAGACCAUCAGAAAAAAAUCAACAUAUUAUGAGGCACCACAAGGAGGCUCUUAUGUAAUAAGAUCAAUAUAAAGAAAAUAUGAUACACUACAUGGGAUGAAAAUUUCACGAACUGUUUCAUCUAGUUCCAAAGCUUGAUAGUAAAUCAUAACUUUACAUUCUUUGUAUUAGAGAUCUUGAAAUAUUUGAAAUGACAGGGGAUCUUAUACCCCUUUGAAAAUUACUUAAAGAAUUUAAGAAGCACCAUAGAAUGGUUGCAGAAAAACUCUUAAGUGUCUAUUUAAUAGUAUUAUAUGCAUAAACUACAGAAGGGAAGAGCAAAGACAAUGACUUUAUUGGCUGAUCAUACUAGAGAUCAAUAUUUCUGAAAAGAUCAUACAUAAUUGAGUUUAACAAUGCUUUUCUAUGGCAAGCAAGCCUCACUUUUAUGUGAUUUUAGAAAUGAAGUGGGGAAAUAAAAUUUAGUCAUGCAUCAGUCACUUAGUCAUUGGGCCUUUUUUAUGGUACCUGAAAAUUGAAUUCCAGAAAUGGCAAAAGUUUUAUGUAUCCAUUAAAAGAAAUUCCACUGGAAAACAGCUUAUAUUAAUUCAGUACUAUUAAAAAGAAUUUCAGAGCUGCUAAGAUUUUACCACAGGAUAGGAUGUUUAAAAUAUAGCAUUCUUUCCUGAAGUCUAAAGUGAAGUUUAGGAUUACAGUUCCCUUUUUUCUGAUGUUCAGGUUGAUUUUUCAGUAUGGCAUAUAUGACAAAAGUAUGUUUGAGUCAAAUGUGGCUUUCUAAAACAGAUGCAACAGUAGUGUUGCAAAUAAAGUUAGCACUAUAUUUCUUAAUGAUCUAAAGUUUAAACUGGGAGAACAGUUUUCUUAAAUACUAUGUUUAAAAGUUUCUUUUUAGGGCAGUCUUAGCAAGUAUGAUUGUUCUAUUUGUACUUGCUCUAAUGUUUAAAGGUGCAAUUUUAUGCUAUUAUUGGAAAUUUUGAUUUUUUUAAAUCUAUAUACCAUAUUGUUAACAUGAAUUUUCAAUAUGAUGCAGUAUAUAUGCAGUAUUUAACAAAACACCAUGCUGCCAGUAGAGUUUGGAGGUGGAUAUUCAGUUUACAGUGUAUAAACUUAAAAUAUGCAUCCCUUUAACAAUGCUUUGUGUUAGCAUGCUGCAAAUCAAAAUGGCGCUUAAUAUAAAAAGCUGGUUUAGGGAAAUUUAAUGAAAAUCCUGUUCAUAAAUGUAAUGCAUAUGAUGUGUACUUUUAAGUUAUAGUUGCUUCAUGUUUACACUCAGCUGUUCA